UGGCGUUGGGGCAUCCAGAAGAAUCGGCCAGCCAUGACCUAUGACAAGCUCAACCGUUCCCUACGCUACUACUAUGAAAAGGGCAUCAUGCAGAAGGUGGCCGGGGAACGGUAUGUCUACAAGUUUGUCUGUGAUCCAGAUGCCCUUUUCUCCAUGGCCUUCCCUGACAACCAGCGUCCAUUCCUGAAGGCGGAAUCUGAGUGCCACCUCAGUGAGGAGGAGACCCUGCCCCUGACCCACUUUGAAGACAGCCCUGCUUACCUCCUGGACAUGGAUUGCUGCAGCAGCCUCCCCUAUGCUGAGGGCUUUGCUUACUAAGUUUCUGGGUGGCUGAGCGGCCAAACCUUAGAGCUAGCAGUUCCCAUUCAGGCAAACGAGGGCAGUGGUUUUGUUUGUGUUUUUGGCUGUUCCUAACGCUUGCCCUUUGAGUAUUAUCUGGAGAAUCUAAGCUGUCUCUGGAUGGGCACCCUUAAAGACAGAUACCUUAGCUAGGGAGUGGGAACAGGGAAAGACAAGAGAACCACCAGAAGGCUGGUGCCUCGGCUCUGAUCCUGACAAGGUUUCUGGGAAGAGAUUGAAAUGGAGCCUCCUUUCCAUGGACAAUAUAUGCAAAUCAAUACCUUGUUCAGGUUAGUAACCCACAGACGGGGACAAAGUGUGUGACAAUCUGCAUUGAUCAUGGACUACUAAAUGCCUUUACACAGAAGGGCUCUGAUUUGCACAAUUUCUUGAAGAAGACAUUACAAACCCCUACAACAGUAGAUAGACUAAGCUGGGGAGGCUUUAACCAUGAAGGAUUAAAAAAUAUAUCUUAAAA